AUUCUAUUUACAUUGUUAUCAAAAAGGAAAAGAGAGUGAAAUUAAAUUAGAUUCUCUUAAAAAAAAAAAAGAAAGAUAUAUUAGUCAUCUUUUAUCAAAAGGAGAGAAAGAGAGAAAUAGAGCGAUCAAAAUCAUUUUAAAACACUCUUCCAAGACGGACGACUAUAAAUACAAAUAUUAACAAUGAGAAUUCCAUCUGGAUGUUCAAAACAUGAAAAGUCAAUCAUUGUGGAUAGAGUCAAGGGCUUGAUCUUUGGUGCCAUUAUUGGUGAUAGUCUUGGUUUAGCUACUGAAGGAAUGACAAAACAACAAAUUUCACAAACUUAUGGUGAUGGUCCUAUUCAAUUUGGUAUGGAAGAAAGUGAAGGAAUUCCUUUUUUACGUGAUUCUUAUCGUUCUUCUUUUGAUGACAAUGAUUUUGGUGGUGAUUCUGAACAACAGUUAUUACUUAUUCAAUCUAUUAUACAAAAUCAUGCUUUUAACUAUAAAGAAUAUGCAAAAUUAUUACAAGACUAUAGUCAACAUGGUUUACAAGGAUUACAAAAAAAACCAAUUGGUAUCAACAAAACAAGUCAAAUUGUUAUUGCUCAUCCUGAAUUCCUUAUUAAUCCUCGCAAGGCAGCAGUCGAAGUUUGGCAAACAACCAAUAAUUUACGAGGUGCUAGUGGUGCAUUAGUUAGAGCUGCUUUACUUGGUAUUCCAAAGUUUUGGGACGGUACAACUGUGAUUGAAAAUACUACGGAUUGUUGUAAAAUCACUCAUCCUGAUCCAAGGUGUAUUAUAUCAUGUGUGAUUAUUUCAACUUUGGUGGCAAGAAUUCUACGUGGUCAAGAUUUGGAAACUGAUGAUAAUGAAAACAAUCAUAAUAAUAAAAAGAACAACAAUAGACUCGGUACAACGGAUUCAUUGACUUUACCUCCUACACCAACGGAUACUCACAAAAUGACGGAUGGAAAAGAACGUCGUCGCGUGAUGGAUGAUGAAGUAGUGAUGAAUCAUCAAAUCAACGUUACACCUCCACCUUCUUCACCUUCUUCGAGUUGUUAUACGUCAUCGUCUUUCCCGGGAUACCUUGAAACAGAUACAACACUUAUGAAGAUUGUUCGAAGUGUGAUUGAAACCAACAAAGGGAUCCUGACUGCACCCAAUUCUGAUCCUUUGUUUAUGACGCCUGAAACCGAUGCUACUCAAACUCAAUUAUAUUAUCAACAACUGGUGGAAACCUGUUCUUACUUUGAAGAUGGACCAUUGGAUUUUUCCUUUUUACAGCUGGACUCUAUGAUUCAAGGUUCACUCAAGUGUCUUCAUGCUAGUCUUUAUUCUUUUACUCGUCAUCUGCCUGCUGGUCAAGAAACGGAUUCUUUCAAGCGGAUUUUGAUGGAUUUGGUCAUGCAAGGUGGGGAAGCGGAUACGAAUGCUACAGUAACUGGUGCUUUAUUGGGUGUUCGUUUGGGUUAUUCAAAUCUACCUUCGGAAUGGGUCGUUGGUCUCAAACGCUGGGAAUGGUUAGAAGAUCGGGUGGAAGAUUUUUGUAGUUUACUUUAGAACUUUUUUUUUUUUAUUUUUAUCAUUGAUACCAUACAUCAAUAUUAUUCUUAUUCUUAUUAUUAUCGUCAUUCAACAGCAUAUAGUGUCAUUUUACUUUUCCUCACCCCUCCUUUGUAUCAACUCCUUCAAUAGUUUUCUGGAAAUCUUGUCUUGGAUCCUUCCCUUUUCUGUAUGUAGUGACACUUAUUUAUAUCCCUUCCCAUUCGUUUUAUCUUUUUUUUAUUUAUUCUUUAUUUAUUUACUUCAUCUUCAUUAACCUAUCUACAGUUAUAUAACACACACAAUUUAUCUCUGCAAUACCUUUUUUUUUAUUUUUAUCUCAUACAUAUACUUGUCUAUACAUUUUUUUUUCUACAUUCUUCCUUUUUCCCCUUACAACUC